AUGGCACUGGUAGCUGAUGACGAACAGCAGCAGCGUGAGAAUCGCGAGGAUCGUCUGACGGAGGCAGAGAAGCUGGAACGACCCGACGGGGAGCCGCAGAGGAAUCAGUUGCGUAAUGAGGGAGGGAAGGAGGCCCACCAUGAGGAUGGCAGGGCGCCGGCAGAGCAGCCGCAGGGGGCGGCGCCGGACGGGGGCUGGGGGUGGGUCGUCGCCGCCUCCGUUGCCUUCAACAGUGUGGUGAUGCUGUCGUCAGCGAUUUCGUACCCAUUCGUCUUCGCAGACUACUUGGCGGAGCUAGGACACGGCACUGAGGCCAUGACCACCAUCGUCAGUGUCUGCAUGUGCAUAUCCUCAUUCUCCGGUCUGCUGUGCAAUCAGCUAUUUCGGCGAUUCUCCUACAGACAGAUCGCAUUGGCGGGAGCUGUGUUUUUCGUUUUAGGACAAGGACCAGUGGCGUUGGCGACAUCGUUUACACACUUUAUCCUCUCAGCUCUGUGUCUCGGUAUCGGUAUAGGACUGAUAAUGCCGGCCACGUUCACGUGCUUCAACAGCUACUUCGACCGCAGGAGGACCUUCGUGAUGGGCCUGGUGCAGUUCGUCGUGGGGCUGGGGACCGUCGGCAUCCCGGUCGUGGCGCAGAGACUCGUAGCGUCGGUCGGCUUCAGAAUGACGCAGGGUAUACUGUUCGCAAUCAGUCUUCUGUUGUUCCCUGGAAUGGCAGUUAUGAGACCUAUAAAAUAUUCGGAGAGUUAUCAGAGCGUAGAAAGCAAUGAAGACUCCUCAGUACAAACUGGCAACCCAGAGGAAACACACGAAGAAAAUCAAACUGGAACGAAAAAAGGAUCUAUGAUAGACUUAGUGGAGGCAAAGUUCGUACACGACUUUAUCACGCGAAGCACAGAGAAUGUAAAUUACAGUCGUCUUAACACGUCGGACGACAACGCUGAAAAGCAUGAGAGAUCAGAUGAACAGAAAUGUGACCUUCUGCAGAAGGGGAGAAAUGCUAAGGAGGAGGAUAAGUUCAACAGCGACAGCAAGACGACUCAGCGCGGAGGCGGCAGCCUGCGACCAAGGGUCUCCGUCACCGGCGUGGUCAGCGCACCGUUUCCGGAUUCUAUGGGCAACAAGUCGCAGACCUCGUCCAAAAGCUGGUGGAUGACCGUGGUGGACCUGUUCGACCUGAGACUGAUGCAAGACCUGCGCUGCACCAACAUCCUGGUGGGCACGGCGCUCUCCAUGUUCGUUGACAUGGUGUUCUGCACGCUGCUGCCGCUCUACCUGUUCCACAACGAGUUCUCCCGCGAGGACUCCGCGCUCUGCAUAUCCGUGAUGGGGAUCGCCGACCUCGUCGGCCGCUUCAGCGUGGCUGUGCUGGGAGCCUGCUGCGUGCCCGACAACAGGCUGGUCUUCCUACUGAGCUCAGCGGCGACUCUGGUCAUCCGAGCACUGUACAUCUUCUUCACCGACUUCAUGGCCAUCGCGGUGUUGUGUGCGCUGCUGGGCUUCUGCAAGUGCUUCAUGUUCGUGCUGGCACCCCUCGUGGUGGCCGACUCGUGCAACCAGGAGCGCUUCCCCGCCGCCCUCGGGAUCCAGACUGUUAUGGGCGGCGUAAUGACCGUGGCGUUUGGACCUGCCAUCGGUAAAGUCAGAGAUGUGACUGGCAGCUUUACCGCGAGUUUUAUUGCAAUCACUAUCCUCGGCCUCUUUUGUGUGGUGCCGUGGACUCUGGAAAUGGUUGUAACCGCAGUCAGGAGACGGCGAAAGGUGAUCAACAAGUGAACGACGCUGCGCCAUGUCAAGUAUUUUCUGCUCUAGAGGGUAUAAGAGUCAUCAAUAAUUUCCGUAAGAAGACUACAAUGAUUCAUAUCAGCUGUUACGAAUCUGUGAGAUAGAAAGGCUCCAACUUGACAAAGGUGUGAGAAUCUUACUUUUUCUGAGCACGUGUAUGAUCAAUUGAUUUUUGUGUACAGGAAAAUCACA